CUCAGAAUAUGUUUUGCUUUGUCCAUAAAAGUAUUCAAGAGUACAUGGCAGCUCUCCAUAAUCCAGCUCAGCAGCCUCAGAGUUUUAUAAGAAAGCAGUGGACAAGGCUUUUGAGAAUGAACAUGGGGACUGGGACAUGUUCCUUCGGUUCCUAGUGGGUCUCUCUCUGGAAUCUAAUCAGGAUCUACUUCAGGAUCUGAUGGAUAAGACUGAAAAACACAAAGACAUUAGUAAGGAAACAGCAGAGUACAUCAAAAAGAAGAUCAGAGAGAACAACAGUGACACAGAGAAAAACCUUAAUCUUUUCUACUGUCUUAAUGAGCUUAAUGACGACAGCCUUGUUAAAGAAAUCCAAGGUUAUCUUAGUUCAGAUGAAAAACCUUUUGAAACUUUCAGUACUUCUCAGUGGUCAGCUUUAACCUUUGUGCUGCUGACAUCAGAUGAAAACCUUGAAGUGUUUGAUCUUAAGAAAUACCUGAAAUCAGAGAAAGUCCUUCUGGGAUUGAUGCCAGUGGUCAACGUCUCAAACACUACUUUACUGAGUUGGUGUGAGCUCUCUGAAGAAUCUUGCAAAGGUCUGACAUCUUCAGUGAUAACCAAUCCAUCCUCAAAUCUCACAGAGUUGGACCUGAGUCAUAAUGAUUUGCUGGAUGCUGGAGUGAUGCGACUUGCUGAUGGAUUGAAACAUGUGAACUGUAAACUAGAGACUCUCAAGCUGGCAGGAUGUCAAGUGACAGAGGAAGGCUGCAUUUCUCUGGCUGAAGCUAUUAAGUCCAGUAGAAACUCCUCUCUUAAACACUUGGACCUGAGUUACAAUCACCCUGGAGACAAUGGGAUGAGGGCUCUCAAUGCAAUAGUUGAGGAUCCAAACAAGAAACUUGAGCCUGUGAACUUUGACUAUGAAGGAAAACAUCGACUAAAACCUGGUUGGAGUAAAUAUGGUCCAGAUCUUAUGUUUGAUAAGAACUCAGCAAGCAGACGGCUUGUUCUGGCUGAAAACAACAAAAAAGCAAAAACUGAUAAUGAUGUGAAGAAGCUGGAAAAGCGAAAUACAAGUGAUAAACGGUUCAAGAGGACCCAGGUAUUUUGUGAUGAAGGCCUGAAACGACUUUGUUACUGGGAAGUGGAAUGGAAAGGUGUGGUGGGAAUUGCUGUGGCAUAUAGAGAUGUGGGUAGAAACUGGGACUGUGAUGGUGGUCUGGGAUGCAAUGACAAGUCCUGGAGUCUGCUCUGCUCCAAGACUGGAUACAAAGCCAUGCAUAAAAACACAAAAGAAGAAAUCAAAGUCCCUACAUGCAAAAAAUAGGUGUGCUUCUUGACUGGGAAGGAGGAACUCUAAGUUACUAUAAUAUAUCAUCAGAGAAGCGGAGCUUGA